UUCCUGUGUGCGUGAAGCAUAUUUCAAAGGUCAAAAUCUUGAGAGAUCGGUGGUGCACAGCUCCUGUGCGCGUGAGGCUAUAAAGCCGGAUGUAAUCGUUGUGUUCUGUGUUCCAAGCCUUUGAGGUGAAUAGAACAGCUAAGAUACAGGCCGUGCGGGCGGCCGCGGGGUUCGUCGCCAAAAAUUACAUCUACUGUUCAUCGUCUUCUACCUUUGUUCGGCGAGAGAGAGAGCGAUCCUCGGGCUAGAGUUCCAACAGAUAGACCGGAUCGAGACGACGAACGAAUUAAAGAUCUUGUAUUAGAAGAGAAGGCACCGCAUGAUGUACUGUAGUAUACUCCUAUGUUGGCGUAGUGGUGCCGCCCACGUCGCUGCAACUGUCUCUCUCACCGUGUAUGAUGCAGCAGCAGAGAAGCAUGGAUCCCCACCAACAACUUACCUAGCUUCCUGCUGCGACUCGGUCUCCAUCAAGUCUCAACCAACUGCUUGCUCCCAUCGAUCGGUCUCUUUCGUGCGUCGUGGUGGACUCGCGCGCUAUCGACGCAGGGCGGCGGCGUUGACGACGACGAGGGGGGCCUCGCCGCCGGCGAGCAGAACCAACAGCAGCAGGCGAUGGAGAUCGGGUGGCCAACGGACGUCCGUCACGUAGCGCACGUGACGUUCGACCGAUUACACGGGUUCCGCGGCGUGCCGGAGGAGCUGCAGCGCGAGGUGGAGGGGCGACCGCCGAGCGCGAGCACGACGGUGCUCGGCGUGUCGACGGAGUCGAUGCAGUGCUCCUACGACGGCAGGGGGAACAGCGUCCUCACCAUCCUCCUCCACCUGCAGCGCCGCCUCUACGACCAGAGGGCGGCCUCGCCGCGGAGGGCAUCUUCAGGAUCACCGCCGACGGAGCCCAGGAGCAGCGCGCGAGGGACCAGCUCAACAACUCCGGCGUCGUUCCGGACGGCGUCGACGUGCAUUGCCUGGCAGGGCUGGUUAAGGUCAAAAUUUUGUGGAACUUCCAUUCUCGGGAGCACUGAUCCGGAGGAGUAUAUUUUGUGGGAGGAGCAAAUGGAGGAAUUGUUAUCAUUAGAGAAGAUUUCCAAAAGGUUUAGAAGUAAAGCGAGCUACUAUGGAGUUUCAUGACUAUAUUUGUAGUUGGUGGCAGCAUCUCUUUGUUAGAAACAUCUCUUUGUUAGAAAUUUUGUUACAUCUUGGGAAAAAUUAAAGAUGCGUAUGCGAUCUGAGUUUGUUCCACCAUAUUUUGAGAAAAAGCUAUUGUAUCAUUUGGAGAACAUUAAGCAAGGGAGCAAAUCUGUCCAAAGCUACUAUUUUGAGCUA